AUGAGACAGGCUACGCUGCCAUGGGCGCCUCCCACCCCCGCCCCACCGCCAUUCCAUCGGCAUGCGACACACGAUACGCCAGUGCAGCAACAAGCUGCGUAUACGGUACCAAACGAGGAGCAGAUCGAUCCGGCGCUGCUGGACGCCGAUACGGUCAUAGACGUGUCCACACCAACACCACCGCCUACACAGCCCGAGGUAGCAACCCGGCAGGCGCAGGAUAUGGCUGCCUGCACCGAUGCGCCAGCCGACGCGCGACCACUGCAUCCGUUCUUCACUGCACCGACGCCGGCUAUGGAUGACGAGGAGGAAGGCGAUGGAAGGCGCACGCGAUCGAGCAGGGCAAAGGCACCCGUGUCGUACCGCGAAGACCUCAAGGCGGUGCUGCGUGCCGACGCUGCGCACGAAGCCGCGCGGCUCAAAGACGAAAAGCGCCAGGCUGCCCACCAGGCGCAGGCGGAAAGGCGAAGCAGACCGGCCAAGACCAAGCCAAAGGCGGCGGACUUUGAGAUCGUAGAGACCCGAGUCGCGCCUGCGCCCGCAAGCAAGAGGGUGGAACAGCCAAAGCCGCUCAGUCUGGCGGUCAAGGGCACCAGCUCAGAAGCCGCCACCGCCCACCCGUUCUUUGCAAAGAAGGCCAAGCCGGCACCAACCACGCCGUCGAAGGGUGGAGCCGAGGAUGGUGGUGAGGCAAGCAGUGGUUCGAAACAUACGGCAGGGGCACCGGCAGCGUGGAGCUUGUUUUCAGCCCCACGACAGCCAGCGAGGCGGCCGACGAAGCCAGCGCACGCGCCAUGGCCCUCGCAGCACGAUACGCACCUCGUCGGAUGGCGCGAGAAGGAACGCCAGGUCAUCGACAAGGCGCGUAUAGGACUCGAAGCGUUUCGCGAGCAGUACAGCUCUCGCACCCCACAUACGCCGGUCGCCUCGACAUGGCACACUGCGCCCGACUUUGUUCGAAGCCUCAACAACCAUCGUCCGCGGCCCGCGCCUGAAGGCAUGUCGCUCACGGGCGAUCUGGACGCGUUUGACAGUGUCGACGACUACACGGCGCAGCACGUCGACAUGUCGCGGCUCACACUCCCAACGCGCGCGGUGGAGCCAGCCGAGGGCCAGCUGUGGUGCGACGCAUGGCGGCCGCGUGCGGCAGCCGAGUGUGUGGGCAACGAGGCGCACGCGGCGUUGCUGCUCGAGUGGCUGCGCCGCCUGCUCGUCGCCACCCCCGGCGCGGUUACCGCCGCGGCCAAGAGGAAGCAGGUGCAGAGACGCGUAGACAGGUCCAAACGCCGCCGUGCGCGCAGUGCGAGCGACGACGAGUGGGAUGAUUUCAUAGUCGACGACGACGAGCAAGAAGCCGAAGCGCCACCGGAGCUGGACGACGAGCAGUGCUUCGGCCGAUUCGGCAGGAUCCAAACAGCCCUGGCGGAACCGAACGCGGUUGGGGAUUCACCAGCUCCAUCGGCGCCCGGAUGGGAGCCGCUCGAGCAGCUCACCAACUGCAUGGUCCUUGCCGGGCCCAGUGGAUCGGGCAAGACGGCGUGCGUAUACGCCUGCGCGGCGCAACUCGGGUACGAGGUGUUUGAGCUCUACCCGGGCAUGGGCAAGCGGAGCGGGCGCGAGAUGCUGGCGUGCGUCGGCGACCUUGCGCGCAACCACAUGGUCUCCUCGGGCGGCAUCGGCGGCGGCGCCAGCUUCAAACCCACCGCGGCGACGAGCGUGCGCCAGUCGCUCAUCCUCAUCGAAGAGGCCGACGUGCUGUUUGACGAGGACAAGGGAUUCUGGAGCGCAGUGGUGGAGCUGGUGGGCCAAAGCAAGCGCCCCGUCGUGGUGGUGUGCAACGAGCCGGAUCUGGUGCCCCUGCAUGAUCUGCCGGUGCAAGAGGUGCUAGAGUUUCAAAAACCCGCUGCCGCCAUAGUCGCGCCGUGGUUGCAGACCGUUGCCGCAAGCGCAGGCAGGUGGCUGAGCGCAGAUGCGGUGCAGAGGUGGUUGGGGCAGGGAGAAGUGGAUGUGCGACAGGCGCUCAUGCAGCUUCAGUUCGGACUCGGUGUACCACCAAAGCAGACAGUCGUGGAUACGGUAAAGGGGAUGGUGGAGGAGGGUGCGGAUGUUAGGGCAGUGGCCAAGGCGGCGGAAAGCAGCAGUUGGGCCGAUGUGGUCGAGGGCAGUGCUGGAAUAGAGGAGUGGGGAGAUGUAGGUGUGGAACUCCAUCCCACCAGACAGUGGGGCAGCUGGACUCAGCUCGUACCGCAACCGCACGGCAGUGUGCGUCUGCGCCACAGCGGCGCAGACGACUACUGCGCCGCCCUAGACCAGAUCCACGGUGCCAAGAGUGCUGCGACGGUGCGAAUCCCGGUGGAGGAGCGGGAGGUGGACUCGACGGUGAAUCGGCUGUGGACCAUGGUCCGGCCGGUUCUGUCGCGCUCGGCGGUGCAGAACGACACGGCGAUCCUACUGGACUAUGCGCCCAUGGUGCGGCUCAUGGCGAUCGUCGACGACGACCUGGCGGCGAUCCAUCGUGACCUACACGCUGCCGCCGCUCCACUCGAACCGGCGCCAGCACGCGGGAGAAGCACGCGCAACUCGGCACGACUCACAUCCUGGCUCGCAAGCGACGACUACGAACGGUGGCUGCUGCUCGGCCCGCAAGAGGUGCAAAUCGCAAAGCAGACCGCACUGUCAUUCGAGCCAGUACAGUGA